AUCACGGGCACCAAAUUCCUGUAGAUCAGAGGGUACUUCUGAGACUGGAAUAUUUUGCGGAAGAGAGGAUUUUUUUGCAGUAUUUACUACCUGCUCAUCAUGUCUUCCAUUCUUGGGAAGAUGAAGAAGUUUGGCAGUUCUGACAUGGAGGAAUCUGAAGUGGCAGAGGAACACACGGAUGGGGAGGACUCCCUGUUGGAAAUGCCUGACAGCCUCCAGGGUACCCCCAACACCAAGGUGCAGCCACCCAAAAGCAACAUCUUUGCAAGACGUGGGCGAUUUGUGAUGGGGGAGAGUGACCAGGAUAUGGCACCCAUGGACUCCUUUUACCAGAUGGAUCACCUGAUGGCACCUUCUGUCAUCAAAUUCCAUGCCAAUUUGGAAAGGGGGAAGCUUCACAAGCUCCUAUCUACUGAUUCCAUCACAGGCUGCUCAGAAAAAGCUUUCAAAUUCUAUGACCGCAGAAGGAUCUUUGAUGCUGUAGCCCAAGGCAACACAAGUGAUCUGGACGAUCUGCUGAUCUAUCUUAAUAGGACUUUGAAGCAUCUCACAGAUGAUGAGUUCAAAGAACCAGAAACUGGGAAAACAUGCUUAUUGAAAGCCAUGCUGAAUCUGCAUGAUGGGAAAAAUGAUACCAUUCCACUGCUACUGGAUAUUGCAAAGAAAACUGGAACUCUGAAAGAGUUUGUUAACGCAGAGUAUACUGACAACUACUACAAGGGCCAGACUGCACUUCACAUCGCUAUUGAACGAAGGAACAUGUACCUGGUGAAGCUCUUGGUCCAGAAUGGAGCAGAUGUUCAUGCAAGAGCCUGUGGGGAGUUUUUCAGGAAAAUCAAAGGGAAACCUGGCUUUUAUUUUGGGGAACUACCUCUUUCCCUGGCUGCCUGCACCAACCAGCUCUGCAUUGUGAAAUUCCUCCUUGAGAACCCCUACCAGGUAGCCAACAUCACUGCUGAGGACUCCAUGGGCAAUACAGUCCUGCAUACACUAGUGGAGAUCGCAGAUAACACUAAGGAUAACACUAAGUUUGUUACAAAGAUGUACAAUAACUUAUUGAUCCUCGGUGCCAAAAUUAACCCGAUCUUGAAGCUAGAAGAACUCACCAACAAGAAAGGUCUGACACCGUUAACUCUGGCAGCCAAAACAGGAAAGAUAGAGAUUUUCGCUUACAUCCUCAGACGAGAAAUCAAAGAUCCUGAGUGUAGACACUUGUCUAGGAAGUUCACUGAAUGGGCCUAUGGACCUGUCCACUCAUCUCUUUAUGACCUGUCUUGUGUAGACACAUGCGAGAAAAAUUCAGUGCUUGAGAUCAUUGCCUACAGCAGUGAAACACCAAACCGGCAUGAGAUGCUGCUGGUGGAACCCCUCAACAGGCUGCUGCAAGACAAAUGGGACCGGUUUGUCAAACAUUUAUUUUACUUCAAUUUCUUUGUCUAUACCAUGCACAUCAUCAUCCUCACCAUAGCUGCCUACUACAGACCUGUGCAGAAGGGAGAAAAGCCUCCCUUCACAUUUGGUCACAGCACUGGGGAAUAUUUUCGAGUGACUGGAGAGAUCCUGAGUGUACUGGGAGGCCUCUAUUUUUUUUUCAGAGGGAUACAGUAUUUCGUGCAGAGGCGCCCGUCUUUCAAGACGCUGAUAGUUGACAGCUACAGUGAGGUUCUUUUCUUUGUUCAUUCCCUGCUCCUCCUGAGCUCUGUGGUGCUGUACUUCUGUGGCCAGGAACUCUACGUGGCCUCCAUGGUCUUCUCCUUGGCUCUGGGCUGGGCUAACAUGCUGUACUACACCCGUGGCUUCCAGCAGAUGGGCAUUUACUCAGUCAUGAUUGCAAAGAUGAUUCUUAGAGAUCUAUGUCGCUUCAUGUUUGUCUACCUAGUAUUCUUCUUGGGAUUUUCCACAGCUGUGGUGACUUUAAUUGAAGAUGACAAUGAGGGGCAAGAUACCAGUAGCUCUGACUAUACCCGGUCUUGCCAUCUGAAACGAGGCUGCGCAUCCUACAAUAGUCUGUAUUAUACCUGCUUGGAGCUUUUCAAGUUCACUAUUGGGAUGGGGGACCUGGAGUUCACUGAAAACUACAGGUUCAAGUCAGUGUUUGUCAUACUUUUGGUUCUCUAUGUCAUCCUUACAUACAUCCUCCUGCUCAACAUGCUUAUUGCACUGAUGGGGGAAACUGUGAACAAAAUUGCACAGGAGAGCAAGAGCAUCUGGAAACUCCAGAGAGCCAUCACAAUCUUGGAUAUUGAAAACAGCUACUUGAACUGUUUGAGGCGCUCGUUCCGAUCUGGGAAGCGAGUCUUAGUGGGGAUCACACCUGAUGGCCAAGAUGAUUACAGAUGGUGCUUUAGAUAUUGCUUUUGUCUUUCUCUCCCCAGAGUUGAUGAAGUGAACUGGUCCACGUGGAAUACUAAUCUGGGCAUAAUCAACGAAGACCCUGGGUGCUCUGGGGACCUCAAACGAAAUCCCAGCUACUCUGUUAAAGCUGGUCGAGUUUCAGGGAAAAACUGGAAAACAUUGGUUCCACUUUUAAGGGAUGGAAGCAGGAGAGAAGAGACACAAAAACUACCAGAAGAAGUCAAAUUAAAACCCAUUUUGGAACCAUAUUAUGAGCCAGAAGACUCCGAAGCACUGAAGGAGGAGCUUCCAAAGUCAGUGUAAUCAUAUUUUGUUUUUAGAAGAAGAUUAUUCUAGUUGCCUGUGUUGGUACUUGCAAGCACAGAAUUAAAGCAAGUAGUUCAUAAGAACAGGGAUUUAUGGAAAGAGGU